AGUGAUUCACUUCAAAUCGGUAAUUAGAAAAAUUGCUACUAAAUGAAACAGACUUCAGAUAUUUACACGCUUAAUUAAGACAUUAUCAAUGGGGGAAAAAGAACACUGAGAAGUGGCCCGAAGUUCUCCACCUUGUUACAUUAAGAAAUUAUCUUGAACACUAGUCGGAUGUCGGAAAGAGCGGAAACUGACGAGAUUGUAAGAGGCUUCUUGAAAUCCUAGACUUUACUUGAUUGAAUUCUUUCAUCCCGCGCGGUUCAGCAUUAUUCUCAGAAAAUCGAAAUAUCUAGAAAGAAAAAUUGGGCGUUCGUAAUCAACUACAGGGGUGGAAAACAUGCAACGCGUACUUUAUUUCGUCAUUUUUGUCCUUUUUCUAUUCGGCCAGUUGGACAGCAGACAAACUGCAAAGGCAGUUGACUGGUGGGAAAAUACCAUAAUCUACCAGAUUUAUCCAAGAUCAUUCAAGGAUUCAAACGGUGAUGGCCUUGGAGACUUGAACGGUAUUUACGAGAAACUGGAUUAUGUGAAAGAACUAGGAGUCGGGACCAUUUGGAUUCAACCAUUCUAUAAAUCUCCCAUGAUUGAUAUGGGGUACGAUAUCACCGAUUUCAGAGCUGUAGAUCCAAUAUUUGGAACCAUGGAUGACUUCAAGAGAUUGGUGCAAGGGGUCCAUGAAAGGGGGAUGAAAGUUAUCCUAGACUUCGUGCCAAACCACACAAGUGACACCUGUGAAUGGUUCAAACUUUCUGAACGUCGCAUCGAACCAUAUACAGAUUUUUAUGUUUGGCAAGAUCCAAAACAGUUAGAUUCUUCCAACUGGACAUAUCCGAAUAAUUGGGUAGAUAUACCAUAUAAGUACCGAUGUUAUUUAUUGACAAUAAAUUUUUAGAUGCUUUCAUAUUUGAAA